AUGGCCCACAGAGGCAAUGUAUCAACGCAAGCUUCCUCCUCGUUUCUCCAUCUUGCCCGCUCAUUCAACCUUACACAAAUGUUCGUUCAAACAAGCCAACGUAUUAUGCAGACUAUACUCAAAAGGCGAAUUUUGCGUCAAUCAUCGAGUCACUUGCGCACAUUGACUGAACAGGUCACAACUCUUGCAGUAGCACAAACGCGUGCUACAUCGAAUACGUUCCGGUUUCCCGUCGCCAAAGACAGUUGCGAAGGGUACUCGAAGCGUAUACGAUAUUUGAAAGCGAAAGCUGAUUAUUUGUAUUCAAGUUCUUUGUCAGUACAUCAUACUGAAUACAAGAGGUAUUCUAUGAAGCUUAAAAGAGCGCUCUUUCGCAGGCAAAUGCUCAAGGAAAAGCUUUUAGCCUCCAGCAAGAACACCAAGCGCUUUUUCAGUUACUAUAGAAAGAAUCUCAAAUUGGCUGACUCAAUUCCGAAUUUAACUUCACAG